AUGAUUUUAAGAAGACUACAAAAACCGUUAGCAUCCUGCCGAUACAUGUACAUUUUUUCCCUAAUUAACCUGCUGAAAUCAGCAUCGAGUACCCUGACAAAGCCUACGUAUGCGUACAUUCACAAUUGCAAUAAUAUUACGUUAUCGCAUCCCAAAAAAACCAAUAAAUCAAUUUUAAGCAAUUGUUCGAACAAGAAAAACUAUAAUGCUUUUGUAUGCACAACUUAUAAAAAAUAUAAAAUGAAUAGAAAAUUUUCGAGUUCCAUAAAUAUGAAUAAGAAUAACGAAAAUGAAAAUGUUUUAAAAGAUAAUAAUAACAUCUCUGCAUUUAGUAAAAAUACCAGUGAUGUUAAAAAUUUUGCAAACUUUAAGCAAAGCAGCAGGAGUUCUGCCUUCGGUAAACGAUACAGCCAUGGCAGCAAAAGCAGAAGCAAGGUAUCUUCCGGCAGUUAUGUUGGUGCAGGUAUUGGCGGUAGUGGACUAGGCGGUGAUAGCGUUAUCGGAGUAGGACGCAGCAAGUACACCAGUAGCCAUAUCUAUUCGUCGAAUCAUCGAACUCACCAUCCAAACCAAAUCAACAGAGAAGCGGGAAGCAAAUAUGAAGAAUCCAGUUACUCCCUAAACGAAGCCAAGUUAAAUACAAAUGCGAAUUAUAUGAAUUCGAGCGUGAAGGAAAACAGAGGGGGAGGAGGUUACCCCUUGAACAGUAAUGGCCCCAACAUACAACCCGUCAAUGAAAGUAGUAAAAGCAUUCAGCACAACACCAAAAUGAGUAGCUUUAGUAAGGAUAAUAUGUUGCGCAAAGGCGUAAAGGAGGAAAGUAUGCAUGGCCACAGCGGCUUGGCCCCCCAAAGCAGUGCCAACAAUGUGAUAAGCAACAUGGAUAAUGCUAAAAGCGGCAUUAAUAACAACAGUGGAAAUACAUCGGGCGGUGUCCAUCAAGAUAAUAAUCAGGUGAAAAGCACAAACUACAGAGAUGCAAGAAACAGCAUGAGCGGAAUUGGAAAUAGCAGAAGCAACAGCAUGAGCGGUAAAAAAACAAACAUGGAAGGGAUAAAGAGCAUGAGCAUAAAAGACAACGAACGAUUUAACUACCUAAAGGAGAGCCGAGUCAGCACCGUCAGGUACACUGGAAGGAAUGUCUAUACCUCAAAUAAGAAAAAUAUAUCUACGUAUAACACGAAUUUGAGCACCGUGAACAAUGGCAACCUUAAAAAGGGUGGUGAAAGUGCCUGUUAUGAACAGAACAAUUUCAAGAGAGAAACAUCAGAUAAUUUAGUUAAUAGUAAUGUCAGCAUGGCAGAGUUAAAUAAAAACGUUGGGGUUGCUAUUGAUCCCAAUAUUAACAUGAACAGCAGUGACAUGAUGAACAAACUAAGUGCGAAGGAUUCUUACGGAAAAGGCGAAGGUGCCAACAAUGAUGUAAACGUUGGCGCAAAUACCGGAAAUAGCAACCGAACUGAGAACUCACGGGGCGGCAAUGGUCGAAGCAGUAAUGGACGCAACGGAAACGGUCGGAGCUCUAAGGGUCAUAGAGGUGGUCGUAGAAGAAACAGCAACAUAGGUGCGAAUAAUGCCCUCGCGAAUAGUGCAAGCGUUAACAAUGCAGGUGCGAAUAAUGCAGGUGUGAAUAAUGCAGGUGGGAAUAAUGUCGGUACGAAUAAUGCAAGCGUUAACAAUGCAGGUGCGAAUAAUGCAGGUGUGAAUUAUACAGAUGCAAAUAAUGCUGGUGGAAAUAACGCAAGCGGAAAUAACCUUGACGAAACUAACCUUGGCUUAAACAAUCCUAGCGGAAGUACGCCCAGCGGAAACAGCGGCACCGGUCGAAGUGGAAAAAGGGGAAGCAGGAGAGGCGGCAACAGGAACAGGAGAAACAGCAACAACAGCUCGGGUGCGUUCAAGUCCCUCAGCAUGAUGAAAAGCAAAGACGAAAAAAUGAAUGAAAAUUUUGACAAUACAAUGGGGGAAAAUGAGUACAUCCAGGAAAAUGCAAAUAAUUUAAGGGGCAUAACGGAGAAUCAGUCCGUGCACAUGGACGGGAGCAGAAAUAACAAGAUGAUGUCUUAUGGCGCGAACACGACCAUGGGCGGAGGCCGCAUGAGCAACAUCGGCGUAAAUGGCGUGCAGAAUAUGCAGAGCAUGCAAAGUAUGCAAAAUGUGCAAAACAUGCAAAAUAUGCAAAAUAUGCAAAAUAUACAAAACAUGCAAAAUAUACAAAAUAUGCAAAAUAUGCAAAAUAUGCAAAAUAUGCAAAAUAUGCAAAAUAUACAAAACAUGCAAAAUAUACAAAAUAUGCAAAAUAUGCAAAAUAUGCAAAAUAUGCAAAAUAUGCAGAAUAUACAAAGUAUGCAAAAUGUGCAGAAUGUGCCAAAUAUGCACAGCGCAAAGAGCCCCGAGCUCGGAAUGAAAAGCUCAAGGGAAAAUGAGAAAGCAAUUCCCGGGGCAAUGAUGAAUACGACGAGAAACAUGUCUUACGAUAACAAGAGGAACAGCUACAUGAAUGACGCCAACCAGGCGAACGCGCAUGAAUCGAAAAAGAGCGAAUCGUACGCAAAUUACUCCUCCUCCAAUAGUAUGAAAACGAUGAGUCAAAUGAACACCAUGAACAGCAUGAAUAGCGUGAACAGCGCAGGAAGCAUGAGCGGUCUAAAUGUUCCUAUGGACGAGCAAUACAGCGGAAGCAAACAAAGCUGCAACGUGAGGACCUCGACGCCCUUCGCAAAUAUGGAGGCAGAUGCAUUUCAAUUUCACGACUUUAACGAAUUCGUAACAUACAUGUAUAAGGAUGAAAACAUUUUAACUCUUUUCUACAUACGAAAGAAUUACCUCAAAGCAGAGUCGCGCGAAGAAUUCGUAACCGAAAAUGACAAAAUAAAAUAUUCAAUCAUAUGGUCUUUCCCUAAUGAUGAAAAAAUUACUGUUACGGGGACACAUAGCACAAAGAAGUUAAGCAAAAAGGUGUGCGUGAAAAAAAUGCUACAAAAGUUAAAAAACAUCUCCGUUUUAGAGAUAGACCAAAUGACCAAGUGGAUGAUCAACAGCUUAAAUGUGAUUCUCAAGGUGGAGCAUAAAAACAUGGAAACACAAAUGAACAAUAAUAACAUGUAUUGCACCAGCAUAGAAUGGAAAAUCAACAACAAAAUGUAUCACUCCAUGGGAAUACAUGUACAUGAGAAAAUUGCCGAAAUUAUUGCAACACAGAACCUGUACAUGAUUUUGUAUGACAUCAAGGAUCAGUUGGUUAAAGAAAUGGAAAGUGGAAAAAUGACUAGUCAACAAGGUGUAGCAGGUGGCAUGAAUAGCGGCAAGGUACACGAAAACAGCCUCUUCGAUAAAAUGAUGAAUAACAGCAAUAACAAGAGCUACGAGGAUAAUGUUGCUAAUAAAAUGGGAGGGAAAUUUGAUUAUGGAAAAGGGCAAAUAAUGCAAAACAAAAAUAUGAUGGAUGCUGCGGCUCCUUACAAAAAUACAAAUCCCUCGAAUAAUGAUUUCAAUACACAAGGCAUGAAUAAUUGCAACACAUAUUAUAAUCCGAAUGAUGGGAUGCUACACCCCUCGUGUGCUGAUAAUCCAAUGAUGCACUCCAUGCAACAAGGCGGUGUUCCCAUGAGUGGUACUCCUGGUGCUGCGGUCAAUAUUAACCCAGGCGCCAGAGCUGGAAACAGCAUGGAGUUGGCAAACGCAAGUCAAGUUGCAGGAAAUAAUAACCUGAACAUGAACUCUAUGAACUACCAAAAUGGAAGUAGCAUGGGCGGCAUGCCUAUAAUGAACGAUAAGAAUAUUGGACCAGGCGCAGGAGCAGAUCACAUGAACAGCUUGAAUACACCUGGAAUGGUACCUCCAGCACCCGUCAUAACGGAUCCAACAGAACUUAUCGCCUACAAUUUAACGAAACAGGAUUCAGGGAGCAUCCAAAUGCUAAGGAACAACAUUGCUUCAAGGUACAAAGUGCAACAAACGGAGAACUUCGAGCAGGUGUAUAAUUUGUUCAAAUGUACACUCCAGUGGGAGUGGAAAAAUGGAAAAAUAGCCUGCAAAACUAAAAGUGUCGGUUAUGGUACCACCAAAAAUUUGGCAAAAUGCGAAGCAGCCUACGAUAUGCUAGUGAAAAAUAAUCUCAUUGAGUACAUAUCCUCCACAGAUAGAAAGAACGCUCAUUAUAUAAAAGAUUUAAUACAGAAGGAUGUGAACAAAGCCAUGAAGCUAGCCAUUCAGUUUAUUAUGCAGUAUAGCAGUAACGCAUGGUCCAUUUUUUUAGUUUACCUUUUGCGAGAGUUGCUCAUAGAUGGCAAUUAUGACCACAUCAAUAGGCUCCUCACGACUGUAGUGGAAGUCAGCAAGGAGGGAAGAAUGGAGGCAGAUAAAAUCAACGAAAGUAACAAUUCCAAUGCGGGUGUGGGAAGUGGCACAAACACUGGUAAAAUGGAUGGCAGUCAUUCGAACAGAUCGAAUAGAAUAAGCAGCAACGGUCAGAAUCACGGAAUGUACAGCAACAAUGCAGAUGGAGAAAACUACGUAGACAGCUCAAGCAACCUAUUCUUCUGCAACCCGUACAUAAAGAACAGAAGUGACAACAGCAAUUAUGUGCAUAAGCUCGUGUCCAUAGAUUUGUGGGAAAAAUUAAUCGAUGAGUGUGUAGUUAUUUUAAAUGACAAACUCUGCUUCCACUGCAUAACCCUCUUGAAGGAUGUAGAGCUGGAUUACUCCAUUUUUAUUUCCAAGUGUGCUCAUGAUUAUUAUAAAAAAUACAGAAUUAUGUUAGCCUUAGAAUUUCAAGCUAAUUUAUCACAGAGUAUUCAAGAGAAACGAGAUUUCGAAUAUUUGCAUGAAAAUAAAUCGUUAAUGUUAAAGGUAAAAAGUGCAACUAUGCCAAUUUUAUCAUUCACCUGUACCUUAACAUUGGAAGAAAAGGAAUGGAUGAAGUCGACACAAAUGAGAGAAGACGACAUUGUGUUACUAAAACCGUGUGACAUGAUGCUCACGGAUGAAGAUGCCUGGUCCAGCAGCCUCAUCGGUACCAUUACAAGUACAAAGAGUGACAACACCGUUUACAACAUCAACGUUAGAAUAUUCUCUGCUGAAAAUACCAGAAAAGCAAAUGUGAAGUAUAGCAAGUAUAAGCUCUUCCUUCUAUUGAACAUUGUGACACAUGAAAGAAUGCUACAAGCCCUGAGGGCCAUAACCUUUAUAAGUUCCAUUCCAACAACGAACCAAUCGCCCUACGUGUUUACCCCCGAAAUUCGGUUCCUCAUACUCCACUCGUACAAUAAAUAUUCAAAGCACAUUGCACAGACGGGGAAAUUGAACCACGAAAUUGCUGAGCAUGAACAGAUUAAGAUGGAUUUCCACAAUAAUGAAUCGUCCAAAAAUAAUGCACAAGAAGAUUUACUCACCCAGUACAGUGGGCAAGCAAAGAACCCCUACGGAGAUUUACUUAACGAUGCACUGAACAAACAAAUUGGAAAAACACACACAGAUGAUAUUGAUCAAUAUUUAAUCGAAUCCAUCAAUUUGCCAACAAAUUUGCCGCUAAACGAUUCGCAAAAAUUGGCUUGCCUUAGUGCUCUAACUAGAAGACUAACCCUUGUGCAAGGACCUCCCGGUACAGGAAAAACCCAUGUUGCUUGUGCCAUAAUUGACAGCUGGCACAGGCAAAAUAGUAACAAGAAAAUUCUGGCUGUGGCAGAUUCCAACGUUGCAGCUAAUAACCUUGUCGAAGGACUCAAAAAGAGAAACAUUCAAGCAGUUCGAGUGGGAGCAGGAAGUGACAGCGAUUUUCAUGAAGAAGCCAUCAUGGAUUUCCACCGAUAUAAGGAUCUCCUAAAGUUGAGAAAAAAUAAUUUACAAAAGGAAGCCAAAGUUAUGAAAGCUCUAUUAUUCCUGGAAGCGGUGAGAAAGUACAACGUUGUUAUAGCCACCUGUGUCGGUUCAGGACAUGAAAUAUUUGACAAUGAAAAGUUCGAAAGAGUAAUUAUUGACGAAUGCGCACAAUCCAUUGAACCUUCGAACUUAAUCCCGCUGGGACACAAUUGCACUAAUUUGGUCCUGAUUGGAGACCACAAACAAUUACCACCAACUAUCAUAUCAUCAGAUGCUACCAAAUUAGGUUUAGAUAGAUCCCUACUAGAACGAUUUGUCAUGGCCAAAAUCGCCCCCGUUCAUUUACUAACCACUCAAAGGCGUAUGCAUCUAAGUAUUUGUACCUUUCCAAAUAUCCAUUUUUAUGAUAACAAAUUGAAGACUGAAAAUGUCACCGAGGAAAAUCGACCAAUUAUUAAGGGUUUCUUAUGGCCAAAUCCAAAGUGCAGAUUAGCAUUCAUAGAUGUUUCUCUUGGAAAACCAGGAAGUAAAUUUGAAAAUGCUUACGGUACUUCCAAGUUUAAUUUGUACGAAAUUGAGCCCCUAAUCGCUGUGCUAAAAUCUAUUGUAAAUGAGGGAUGCGUAUCCGUCGACGAAAUAGGAAUUUUAACAGCUUAUGAUGCGCAGAAAGUGAAGUUGAAGAAAGCGGUUCAGGAUGCGUUCCCAUAUGAGGCAGCAUGCCGAAUAGAAAUUGACUCCAUCGAUGGUUUCCAAGGAAAGGAAAAAGAUUUAAUUUUAUUUUCUGCUGUUAGAUCAAAUGCAAAUAACGAAUUAGGGUUCUUAAAAGAUGCGAGAAGAUUGAAUGUCAUGUUGACAAGAGCUAAAAGAGGAGUUAUCCUAUUUGGAGAUCAGUUCACCCUUGCUAAUGAUCCCGAAAAUUGGCUACCCUGGCUCAACUGGAUUUCAUCCAAAAGGGCAGUCGUACAUAUCACAAAACUGAAUGAACACCUAGAAAAUGCAGAUUAUUCUCUGAUAGAUAAACUGAACAAAAUAAACAAGACUGUUAAUUUGAAAAACGUGAACGUAUCCGAUAAUUAUUUCUUAUACGGAAAUGACACCGGAUUUUCGAACGACUACAAUGAGCCGCAGAAUUAUAAUCAAAACGAAGAAGCAAACUUCACGGUUGGUAUGAAUGACGCCAAGGAGGAAGUGGAGCCAGUUGAAGAAAUUGUUGAGAACUGGGAAGAUCUACUCUGA